AUGUCUUUUCCCCAGGAUCCUCGCCGCCGUCGCGGUGGUGCUGGUGCUGGGUUCAGCUCGACGGGGCGCCGAACUGCUAUGGGCUACUGGAUUCCUCUCGCGCUCACUGUUGGUGUUGCAACAUUGAGCGUUGCCGCUUGGAUAUGGAGUGAACGAGACGAAGACGACGAUGAGGAGGGUGACCGCCGCCCCCAUGACGGACAAGGACAAGGCCCCUACCCACAACCACCCCCAGGCCACAUCGGCGGCGACUUCCCUCCACCAUCCUAUGCCUCAGAGGGCUAUGCAAGAAGUGCAGGCGUGGACGGAGGACCCGGAGAUACCCCAUACGAUCCCACCUUCAUGGGUCGCAUGCAGGGUGCGUUGCGCCGAACCCCCAGCCCCCAGCAGAUCUUUGACGGCGCAAGCCGAAAGGUCGCGGCUGGCGUGACAGCUGCCGGUGCUUUCGUUGGAAAUGCGCUCACAUCCAUCCGCGAAGAAAACCGUGGCGACUUUGAAGAUCACUCGCGAUGGUCCGAAGAGGCUCAAUCUCGUGCCAUUAGUGGUCAACAGACCCCAACUAUGAGCGGUGCGCUGCCAAACCGUGGAGCUGUCUCUGGCCAGCACCCCGUCGACAAAAAGAAGAAGACGUCUAUUUUAUCCCAUCUGCCAGAACAUGUUGACCUGGACACGUCUCGAAUCUUUGUUCUGAUCUACGCCCCUGAAGUGAAGCAUGCGAUCGGCCAAGGCAGCACGUCGCGUGCCACCCAAUCUCUCGCGUCGUCCUAUUCGAACAUUGCCACGGAAGAGGCCAAUUCCUCCGGUGAACUGCCAAGCAAGGACCUGCAAGCCCUUGAGCCUCGUCAGGAUAACGACCUUGAGAGUCACAGCCCCUUCUUCAAGACCCUGUACACUCAGGCCCAGGCUCUUGUUGAAAGGGAGAACAUGAUCAUGCCUUUCAGCACGGCGACUGGCUAUGUACACCUUGUGCGUCACCUUGCGCCUGAUCUCGUUUAUGUCCAGGAGUCUCUCACUGGCAAUGAAGGCGAGGGCGAGGCUGUCCAGCACAUCUCCGGAUGGGUUCGACAGGUCGUUGUUGUCGUUGGUGAUGAGGGCGGCCGCGGCGGUCUUAUUGACAGUGAUGACGAGUCCGCUCUUGCCGAUAAGGGAGAGCGCUGGUGGCAAAAGGACGGCACCACUGGCAUUGGCAAGCGCAUUGAUGUCGUUGACGUUCUUCGUGUUGGUGAUGACUGGCGACGCCGGGUCAGCGGCUUGGACUAG